AUGACGUCGGUGUCAGCACUGGUUGCGGGGUGCAGCACGCGAUGGAAUCAGGAACAACGCAAGAAGGCCAGUUUCUGGCAGCUUGUCAGUGGGUACACCGCCAUCCUUUCACCCUCUAUUCCCCUCUCAUCCCCUCUCAUGCCCUCUCAGCUCUCUCAUCCUAUCUCGUCCCGGGUCAUGCACUCUAUUCGUCUCUCGUUCCCUCUCAUCCUCUUCCAUCCUCUCCCAUCCACCCUCCACGCCCUAUUCCAGUCCCAAUCCCUCUCCUCCACUUCCAUCCUCUCUCAUCCCCUCUACUUCCCUCUAUUCCCCUCUCGUUCACUCUCAUCCUCUCUCAUCUGCUCUCGUCCCCUCUCCACGCCCCAUUCCUCUCUCAUUCCUCCUCUUCCCCUUCCAUGCUUUUUCAUCCACUCUCCUGGCCUUUAUUCCUCUCAUCCUUCUCGUCCCCUCUCGUCCUCUCCCAUUCAGGGUUCUGCCCUCAUUCCACUCUCCACAUACAUCCUCUUUCAUCCUCUCUCGACCGUACUCAUCCCCUUUCCUCCUUUCCCGUACCCUCAAAUGCCUUCUAUCCCCCUUUCAUUCCCUCUCAUCCCCUCUCGUCCUCUCUCGCCCCCUCUCCAAGCCCUCUCCUCUCAGUCCCUCUCGUCCUCUCUCGUACACUCUCCUGCCCUCUGA